AUGACCAGAACGCGCGCGGAAACGGCAGCGCCCCAACUAACAGUGCGAAAUCAGUCCGGCCCUACACCCGCAACCACACCGCCCGCGUCGGCCAUGGAAGGCACUGAAGGCCAGAACGACGGUGUCGCUGUCAACAAGCAUCUACCGUCCAUAAGGUUCAUCCCCCAUCAGGACCCUCGCGCGGGGAGGCCGUCUCUCCAGUUCCCGACCAUAACACGAACACUGCCAGACGAGUCGUCCGUUAUCCGUGUUGGGAGGUAUUCAGAGAGGGAUAACAUGCCAGAUAUUCCAGCCAAUGUCCCUUCGGCCGCCGCCGUAGGCUUCAAGUCCAAGGUCGUGAGCCGGAAACACUGCGAGUUGUGGUGCUCAAAUUCGCAGUGGUACAUCAAGGACGUGAAGAGCUCUUCGGGCACGUUUUUAAACCACAUACGCUUGAGCCAGCCAAAUGCCGAGUCGAAACCGUUUAAGCUCAAGGAUGGGGACAUCAUUCAGCUGGGUAUCGAUUUUCGUGGCGGCGAGGAAAUGAUAUUUAGAUGUGUAAAGAUUAGGAUUGAAUGUAAUAGGGGGUGGCAGCAGGCAUUGAAUACUUUCAACAAACAAACCCACCAACGACUCCGAAAUCUAGCCAAGAACAAGAAGGAUAGUGACAGUGCAUCGACGCAUAGUUCCGAGUGCUCAAUUUGUCUCAUGUCAAUUGCGCCUUGUCAAUCGUUGUUUGUCGCCCCGUGCUCGCAUGUUUGGCAUUACAAAUGCAUACGCCCUAUCCUCAACGGACCAACCUGGCCCAACUUUUUAUGUCCUAAUUGUCGGGCCGUGGCCGACCUAGAAGCUGAUGUUGAAGAUCCCGGCGAAUUUGAAGAGUGGGAUUCAGACCCUGCUCGGGCAAGCAGUGAGGUUGAAGCAAAUGGUCAAGACUCCCAGGAAGAUCGCCACAUCACGCCUCGAGCGUCUCAAAUACCGCUGAUUCCGGCUCCAGAUGCAUCUGCCACACAGAAUAACGGGCAGGUCAGCCUUGCCGACGACUUGGCCGCCGCCCUCUCCAACAUCAAUAUUGCAGAGUCUCUAAACGGCAUCGCAAAUCAGCCUAUUCCAGGUCCGGCAACCCCGCAACGUAACGCAGGGACUCCAGCAUCGUCCUCUGUCACCCAACCAGUCACCAUCAACAUCUCCCACGCAAACGAAACGUCAGGCUUCUCUCCUGUUUUCCAAACUGCUUCCAACGGUCUAAGUCCUGACCGCCAACCUGACUGUCCCAUGACGCCCAGGAACGACGCGGGCCCCUUCGUCCUCGACGGGAGCGGUGGCCGGGGAUCUGGUGCCAGACGAGAGGAUCCUAGUAGCACUACAGCGCCCACUCUCCCUCCUUUGCAUAUUAAUUGA